UCCACUCAUUCAUAUCACUCCACUCGCAAAAGAAAAAACACACACAUACAGUGAGUAUAAUAAUUGAUACUCAAAAAAGUCAAAAUCCACCAAAUGGAAGCCUUAAUCGACCAGUUCACAUUUCUCUCGGAUCAAGCUCUGAAUGACAAAAACUUCGACCCGUCAACCAUUGAAGAGCUCAUGAGACUAUUCGAGCUCGACUCAUACAACGCAUGGGCUGCAAUGGAGCUCGAGUACGAAACAGAAGUGGCAGAGGCCGAGAACUCGCUGCAAGAGGCCGAAGAUUAUCUGAAUUCUGCUAUGGAAGAUGCAAUGGAAGAAUUUAGAAAGUUUGAAGAGGAAAUGGAGCUCGAGGCGACUAAACAGCUACAAGGACUAUUGGCCAUUGGUGAAAGUGCUAGAAGACUUGGCAAGUCCAUGGAAAAAGCUGCCAAUUAUGCUUCGAAUAAGUACGUUGAGGCUGCGUUGAAUGCGGCUACCGCUUCUAUGAAAUCGGCUAUGAAGAGUGUUUCUAAUAAGUCGAAAAAAGUCCAUCCUUCUUAAAGCGAAUUUUUGAUACUGUUGUUGUUGUUGUGAUGGGAUCUGGUGCAUUAGUGCUGGUAUGAUGAAUUGCUAUAAGAAAAGUUGUUUUACUUUUGUUUUGAUUAAUAAAAAUCUAUGGGAAGUAUAUUAUAUUUUCAGAUGUAUGAUAUUUUUGUUUUUGGAGAAUUGGUUUAUGAAUUAUGAUGAUGAAUUUGUUACUAUUAAAUUCAUGUUGUAGAAUGUGAAUUGCUGAAUGCUGGACUCUAUGAUGCAUUCAUUCAUAAAUAUAAUUUAGUCUUUAUAGAA